GCACAAAAUGUGAAAACAGGAACUAUUCUGCAGACGACUGGCCUGGAUUGUUGCCGAUGGUCCGGAGAGCAAGGAUGGAUCCGCGAUUGCUUGUAUCAUGACAUGGAAGAACGUUACGGCAUCUGCGGCAUGUGCAUGAAGGACGAUACAUAACGCUCACGAGCGUAUCGCACUAGUUCCAUCCAAGUCGGCCUCAUCGCGGAAAUUUGAAACGUGGGCAUGAGGUGAACUCGUGUAAGACGACGACGAAGGUGCUGUUGCC